AUGAACUGGAGGCGCUGGAGGCUGAAGCUGCUAGCCUUCCUCCUCCUUAGCCUGCAUCGCUGGGGACUCGUCAAUCCACAUCGCGGCCAUGCGAUGUUUCACAGGAUAGCGGGGCUUCGCCUGCUAGUUCCAGCGCCCUUUCACCUAGUUAGGUGGUUUUUGCUUUCUAAGCCUUCUAAAAGUGAGCCAAUGCUUCUGGGGCAUUUUUCAAUGGACCAUAAGCAAGUAAGACUUCAGAACAGAAGUAACAGCUUGGCAACACUGACCGCAGCGCGCGGGCUUGCGGGCACCACGGUCACGACGGAGGUCGUGAUCAACGUUUCCCCACAUAGUACGCUCCGUGGACGGUACACCCACGCUAAAUACUAUCCUUCAUCCCGCAUUACCCCUCUUACUCCCAGGCCCGCGUACUAA